UUUUGCAGAAAUAAAAGCGGAUGUUCCGGCAACUCAGUGAAUUAUAUAUAAGUACUCUAAAAGAGGCAAAAGAAAGGUCUCCACCCAACUUUGAUGAUACACCACGUGGUUUGUUACUUGCUCUCAUUAAAGACCGACCGACAAUUUGGAAUUCUAGUGCACGAUUAACAAAAGAUGAUGUUCUAGCUUCAUUUCAACAAUGUUCCGCAAUUUUGUCAAAUAUGGAUCCUGGUUAUUCGAUAUGGGCGGUCAUUGAAAAAUGGUGUUGGGUUGUUGAGAGCUACGUGAGGUGCUCAGUGACGGCUCCUCCAUCAGAAUGGCGUUAUAAUAAUACUCUUGAUUAUUUGAAGCAGUUUGCCACCACGAGUUAUCCGUAUUUAGGAUGCCUUUCAAAGAAACGACGAAAUGAAUUAACGAAGCUAUACAAUGAUCCGGAAAUAAAUGUAGUUAUGCAAAAAACGGAAGAAAUUGAAUUUCCUGUAGGAAUUUUCCGGGACGAAAUGUUGUAUCUUUCUGGAGAAGAUCACUUAAUGCAAUAUGAUUUAGAACUGAGAACUGUUGGACAAGUUGUUAAUGCAAAACGAAGAGGCAGGCCCUCAAAAGUCGAUAAACGAUCUCCAGUUGAUAAUUUCUAUAAUUUAACGCCACAAUCUGCUCAAUUUCAAAAGCUACUGGAGAGCAAUAUGUCAAGUGCAUUCAGCAUUGCUUUUGCCGAAUCUGAAUUGAUUCCCGAUGAUUUAGGAUUUUCACCGGCAAUGUACAUGGCUCUUAUCGAUAUGAUUCAAGAUAAACCAGAAUUAUGGCAAUCAAAUCAUCCUCAAAAGGAUAAUUUACAAGCACAAGAGCAAUUGUUUGAAGAUUUCGGAAAACAAUUGAUUAUAAAGUUCCGAGAUACAGCAGAUAUUAGUGUUCUUGAAAAGUUAACGGGCCCAUACGUUCAUCUUGUUUGGGAACGACUAUUGGAAAAGUUUAAAGAAGAGGAUAGCCUUGAAACAGUAUCGAAAUGGAAAUAUUAUCAGCCUCUUCUAUUUCUAUCGACUCGGUUGAUGCCUGCGUUCCUUCCAGAAAACUUCAUCAAAACUGAAGAACCAUCCAGCUCGGCCGGCUUAUCGGCACGUCUAGCAAUUGCAUCUCCAUCUGGAUCAUCUCAAAGUGAAGAUUCAAGGAUGGCUGCAUCUUCACCAUCAACUGCUUUCAUAGGAAUGCCGACUACAAUCAAUGGAAACAAGUCGAUACAAACUGUGCUUGAUAAUCUAAUUGCUGCCAGAUCCAAAAAAGAAGAUCAUGCUGCUUCAACGACAUCAGUUCUACAAGCUCCAAACUAUAGUGAAUUGAAGCAAAUGUUGGAAAAGAACAAUAUAUUAAAAGUGGACAAUGAAAAUGGGCCACCGUUAAAACGAGUGAAGCAAGAAAUUGAAUCACCUCCAGGAAGUUCUCGAAUGAUCGUGUACAAUGAUACCAGAAAAACCACAAACGCACCAAUAUCAACAUGGGUUCCACCAAGAGAAGAUUUAACAGCAAAAGUAAAGGAUGAAACAGUUCAAUCAGUUCCACAGAGAAAAGCACAAGCAACUGCUGUAAUCAAAAGUGGAUUUCCACUCGAAAAACAUUUGAAAAAAAUGAUUCAGCAAGCCGUUCCCUCGAUGAUCCCAGUAACCAGCUCAUCGAUUCCUCAACGAAAUGGCAUUCUCGGAUUGAAUUCUAUGAUUCUUCCACCGUCGGCUAUUCAACAAGCACUUUUGAAGAAAAUGGAUGUUCCAACAACAACACCAUCAAUGUCUUCAACUUCAUCUUCUCAGGCACAAUCAUCGAUGAAUGGAGUAAUUAAUGGAAAUAACACCGAAGUAGAAGAUAAAUGGACACUGUUGGGCCGAAUGAUUGCAAUGAUGGCUCGUGAAAUAGAGACACGUGAUCCAAUGUCAGCAUGUGAACUAACAAGAGAUCUACAACAAGUCAUAUUCCAAUACAAUAUGAAAACUCUUCGCCCCAAAGAGAAUAAUAGUUCAUCUUCAUCUCAAUAAUUUCAAUUUUUCUCUAAUUUUUUUCAAUCCUCUCCUUACGUGUACAUUGCCACCCGUCUCUCAAUUUUCCCUUUUUCUAUGGGACUUUAAACAUUUUUUGUUCUUGUUUAUAUUAUUAUUAGUUUGACAUUAUCAUUCUUUCCUCAUUUUUCUGCAUUUUCUAAUUAUUUUUCGAUUUUUUGUUCACAUAAAUUAACUGUAUUCAUCGCCGCCUCUUGAACCUGAAAGUAGAGCCAAUUCAUAAAAUUUCAGCUAAUUUCAAAAUGCUCCGCCCCAAUUUCGUUCAGUUUCUUUACAACUGCAUUUGUAGAUUAAGUUAACAACGUCAUCACGUUGAGAAUUCGGACUUACGCAAUGAUACGGUCAUAAAGUUUGGCAUUUCACUGCCUUAUUCGGGGGUGGAAUUCAUUUCGUUUGGCAUCUCAGGAUCAUUCAGGAGGGAGGCUUCUUCCUUAUGAGAAAUGUGAUUGUUUUGGCUGGAAAUGACU